AUGGCCAGUGUGAAAGUUUUUUCUUUUGCUUUGUUUCUUGUCCUCCUCUUCUCAGUUGAUGUUGAAGGAUAUGUGUUAGAAGGUAAUUCCAAGUGUUGCAAUACCCACCCAGAAUUUGGGAAGUGCGACCCAAUCUCUGACAAUAGGAGAUGCAACCAAUGGUGUCUUCAAGGUUGUGACAAUAAAAAAGGGGGUUUCUGCAAACGUAUUAACGGAGGACAAUGCCAUUGUUAUUGUUAA